AUGGCUUAUACUGCACCAGCUGUAGUCAUAGACAAUGGUUCAUACACAACAAAAGCAGGUUUUGCCCUGGAAGAUCUACCUUCAUUAGUCUUCAACUCAAACUAUAUACUAAAUCCAGAAACCAAACAAGUAAUUAUAGGAGAUGAAGAAAUGAAUUCUAACGCACAAUAUCCAGUAUCCACAUUAUUAGAAGAUGGAGUAAUAUAUAAUUUUGAAAAUAUAGUACACAAUUGGAGAUAUGUAUAUGAUAACAUAGAUAAUCAUAAUCUGAUAAAUUCAAAAGAUUAUCCUUUAAUGAUGACAGAACAAUCUUGGAAUCCAAUGAAAAAUAAAGUAAAGACUUGUCAAUUAGUAUUUGAAGAAUUUGAAGUACCGAUUUUCAGUUUAGUUAAAAACCCAAUAAGUCAACUAUAUAGAAGUGGAAGGUCUACUGGAUUAGUAGUUGAUAUUGGCUCUAGUGUUACAAGUGUUACACCAAUAUUAGAUGGUGUUAUUCAAAAUAAAUCAACUUUUCAUACAAGAUUUGCAGGAGAUUUUUUAAACCUACAUGUCUUGAAUUAUUUACAAUCAAAAGUACAAUCAGUAGAUGAUUUAUUACCAAAUUCAUAUAGAUCAAAUUCAUCAUCAGAUUCUUUUAAAGCUUAUUAUAUGUCCACAAACAUUUUACAAGAAUUCAAGAACUUAUCAAGUAAUUAUCAAAUCUCAAAUUUCGAAAUAUAUGAUCAUAAAUUUUUAAACGUCAAUGAUCAACAUAAUUCUUAUCUUGACAACUUAUUCAACCCAUUAGCUCAUCCAAUACCAAAUUUCAAUUUACCAGAACCACCAUCAUUAGAAAAACCACAUACUCAAGGAUUAAACACAUUAUUCUAUAUAGUUUUAAAAAGUCUUGAAGCUUCAUUAUUGCCAAAUUCAAAUGAGGGUCCAUCACAAAAUAGAUUUGCAAAAUUUAUGGAAGUUUUUAAAAAUAUAAUAUCGAAUGUUUUAAUAACCGGUGGUACAUCAUUAGCUGGUGAAUUACCAGAUUUAAUUAUAAAUAAUUUAAAAAUCAUAACUCAACAAAAUUUUCCAAAUUAUGCUUUCCAUUAUAAUGUAUCACAAAUAAGAUCAAGUUUAGAUAAUUCAGAAACUUGGGAUAAACAAUUUGGUAGUUGGUUAGGUGCAUGUAACUUAGCUUGUAUGUUAAAUGAUAAUAAAGAUAAUUCAAAUAGUGCAAAGAUUGCAUUAGAUAAUUGGUUUAUAACAAAAGCUGAUUAUGAAGAAUUAGGAGAAGAUUUAAUUGUUGAAAAAUUUAAGUAA